AGAGGGCUGUGAAAUCGUUCGUUCAAGACCUACUCGACGCCAUUUUGUAGCAUUUCUACGUACGUUGUGGGGCAGGACGGACGUGUGUUCCGCCAGCACUUGUACCGAUUCUUCAACAGCGACUCAUUCGCGGGCAAAAGAUGUCACGCUACCGUGAGUGGGAUUUAUCGUGUAAGGUUUAUGUUGGCAAUCUGGGUAGCAGUGCUAGCAAACAUGAAAUUGAAAGUGCAUUCAGCAAAUAUGGUCCACUGAGGAACGUAUGGGUAGCAAGAAAUCCACCUGGUUUCGCAUUUGUGGAAUUUGAAGAUCCACGAGAUGCUGAAGAUGCAGUAAGAGGAUUAGAUGGAACACGUUGCUGUGGAACUAGAGUAAGAGUAGAAAUGUCAUCCGGAAGAAGCCGACGCGGUGGUGGUGGCCGUAGACCUGGCCCAAGAUAUUCAAGAUCCUGUUCAAGAAGCCCAAGGAGAUCAUCGGUCAGCAAAUAUUCCAGGUCGAGAUCUCGCAGCCCUCGCAGAAGAUCUUUGACUAGAAGUCGCAGCCGUGAUCGCCGUUCUCGUUCGGAUUCCCGUGACAGACGGUAUUGAUAUAUUAACCCCGCUACUUAAAAAAAAAAAAACAAAAAAAAAACAGAAAAAACCUUUUGAGUAAAAAUCAAAAACAAAAAAUCGAAACUGUCAAGAAACAUUAAUGUAAGAGAAAACGUAAAUACAAUAACGUGCAACACUCGAUCCUGCCUCCAAGGGGAGAAGAACUUUUAUGUAAAAUUGGCGUAAAUUGGAUAAAUAAAAAGAAAAAAUCUGCCAUAUAAAUAUACAGCGACAAUUCCAUUCGCGCGUCUUGAUUAAAAAUUUAUCGCGAAGGAUGCAACGUCCUCUCUCGCGAUAAGAGAAAUAAAAAAAAAAAAAGAAAAUUAAGAGACACUUUGCUAAGCUAUUCUUUAUCUAAUUCCAGUUAGGUGCUAAAACUGAAAUUGAAGAGAAAGAGAGAGAGAGAGAGAGAGAGAGAAAGAAAAAGAAAGAAAGAAAAAUAAUGGACUGAUUUAACAUGCCGGACAGAAGAAAAAGAAAAAUGAGAGAAAAAAAGCGAAAGACAAAUUUUGUAUGUACAUAAUAAAAAUCGAUGGUUCGACCAUACACACGUACACGUAUAUACCCUCGCGUUUGUGGAACUAUGAGCGACUACAAUGAGAGAUCUACGAAAAAACGAAACGAAAGACCUUUUGUGAAUUAUGUGAAUUUGUUGUUUUAAGUUACAUUCUUGUUUUAUUCACAAGCAUGAUAUGUGCACAUGUUAGUUAUGCUAUUGUACAUUAUGAUACAGCUUACAAACGCACACAUAUGUGUGUGUGCGUAUGUCAAAUUAAUUGCGUUACACUCGUGAACCCACAAAUAUCCAUUCGACAAUUGUUUCUGAGAUACCAUAUUAUUUUUAUGACUAAUUAUUGGUUAAGAAGAAUUAUUAGUGGUGAAGAUUGAGAAAUAAGGAGGGAGUAUUGGUUUUUUUUGACAAAUGUAUAUUCAACAUUUUGUACUUUUAUUUGACGCCUAUGGCACGACAAGUAAAUCAGUAAAUGUCAUGUUAAUGCAAGAUGCAAAGCCCGGGGCGGAUAACUUUCCUCUGUAUUCUGCGAGUGCAAACGAGAGAAUCAUGAUUCUCCGUUUUCUUCACUUCAAUAACAGAUAUAAUACCAGUGAAUAUCAAUAAAUAAUAUAAAC